CGAAACCGAAUGUCUGAUGGCCGUUAUUAUACCUCGUCCUUUUGCAUCGUUUUUGGGGGUGGUUGCUCGUGAGAUCAGUUGUGUAUUUAAAAUAGAUUAUUAACAUAACGUACUUAUAUCAUCACUCACGUUGUUUUUGUUUCGUGGACAAAUCCGAGAACCAGUCCUCGCGUGGAAGAAGCAGAUAAAUCUUUUUUAACCUGAAGUACACACCUGGGAGUUUUAUUUUCAAUUUUCACCGCCACCCAUUUUAAGGAACCUUCUUUAUAAAGUCUUAAUUGCAGCCACUUCCAACAAUAAGGUGUACCGAAGCUAUCCUCCUCUGACGUUCGGGGUUUGCUUUUGGAUGGUGUACAUUUGUAUAUAGACUGCACAUCCAGCCACGUCGGCCCCCUUUCUUUCUCGACCCCUGCGCUAUGAGCAGAGGUAGAGGAGGGCCUUACAACGAACAGUAUUACCGGCACCCGCCACCAUAUUACCAAGCAAGGGAGCAUCCUGAAAGAUCCGGCCCGUCCGCUUCCUUCAAAAGAAGCGGCCCGCAGCUUCAGCAGCCAUUUUCAAAUCACUACGACAGACCUGUCUGUCCUGUAGCAUCCCCGCGACCUCCGUCUCCCCUUACCCCCUCUGCCCCACCCAUACCAAGCUCUACUAAGAAACCUCCGGCCCCGAACGCACCCUCGCAUAGUCGGAGUUAUAAUCCCCACCCUUUCCUCAAUUCCUUUCAGUACCUUCAGGUCCAGUUUCUGAGAGGACAGCGCACUGAGGCGCCGCAGUUCAAAGUCACUCCUCAAAAACCCGUCAGGUUAAAUAAUUCCCCAUACCAGCAGCAAUCAGGCUACGUUCGAUAUCCAAAGCCCUCCUGGGGUCGAGGUUAUUACAGCCAGCCCCCCAGUUUUGCUGGACACCCGAAUCAAAACCAGGCGCAAAGUAAAUCCUACGGCUCCAGCAGUGAAUGGAGCGCACGUGCUAAUGCUCUCUGCGACAGUUUUCAGGGCUUGUCCGUCCACCAAAAGAGACCGAGCGUCAUCACUCUCACUCCACAAAUCCAGGACCAGGUGCACAGGGCUUUAAAACCAAGCAAAAGAGUCUCGGCAAGAUCCUUGGGCAAAAAACUACAUCUUCCCAAAAAGAUAGUCAACCAGGCCCUUUACUCGUUGGAGCGUUCGCAGAAAGUCUCCAAACAAGGAAUUUCGCCCCCAAAGUGGGCGUUAUAUAUUAAACCUGUAAAAGUUGAAGAACCUCAAAGGUCUCUUUUUGGGAGCCCCCAACAAACUGAAGUGAAAUUAGAGAUCAAAACAGAAAUAGAAGAAGACUCCGACACAGAAACACAGUCUUCCUGUUCUUCUUCAGAAUCUUCACUUUCAGAAGUAUCUCACUCAUCUAGUCCGAGUCGGCCACAAGAAAUGUUCACAAUGUCAGAUCAAAAGGAGCGUGUCUUGCAGCACCUCCUGGACUUAGCGCCGGUAACUGCUCUGAUGCUAGCCAAAAACAUGGGCUUGAAGACCUCCAAGCAGGUCAAUUCUACCCUGUACGCCCUCGAGAAGCUCGGCGACGUCGUGAAGAACGGUGACGUCAAGCCGCCCACGUGGGAGCUCUCAGCCCAUCGCAAAGAGAGGAUGAUGAGGACCCUUAAAGCCACACAGAGUGAGCAGGUGGUGCGCGCCGAAAAUGAGGAGAAGCCUCUCUUAGCGCCUGAGCCAAUGUCAGAACUUGAGCCGCUGCCAUUUGACGAAAGUUGGAUACCAAAGACGGAAGUGCUGUCCCCUUCCACGGAUCAACCUCCGCCCUUAAACACAAGUCAGGAGGAAAUGACCGUGGAAGGACAGUGGGCCUCUGACGAUAUUCCGGAAUACCUGAACGCCAUUCGCAAACAGACGGACUCGGAGAGAGCGGCCGCCGAGUACGGCAACCCGAUUGGUACUGUCGCUGUGUCUCUGGCCGCCCCGCCGGCGCAGAACCUUUGGGCAAAGUUGCAGGAGGUUCGUCUGAAGAACCCCGUGAGCGGUCUCAUGGAAUACGCCCAAUAUCUGGGCCAGAGCUGCGAGUUCAUACUCCUUGACCAGUCGGGACCCUCCCAUGACCCCAGAUUCCGCAUGCAGGUCAUGCUGAACGGGAGACUGUUUCCGAUUGUCGAAGCCUCCGCUAAGAAGGUCGCAAAGAAAGACGCCGCCGCCGCCACUUUGCUGAUUCUCUUCGGCGAGAUGCAGGGAGGCGCGAGUAACGGGAAUGAAGGAAGUACCGCUGGGAUGAACCAAACGAGGGACGUGCUCUCCAACUCGGAUGCCACCAUUGAGGGCUCGGGGGGCGUGUUUGGACCAGGUACUGUGGAAGUGAUGGGGAUGCCCGAGGGACCUCGCCAGCCACUGUCACGUUCAUUGCCUGGGGGGAAGAAUCCCGUGUCGGUUCUGAUGGAAUACAGCCAGCGCAGCGGGAACCCCAUUGAAUUUAUCAUCACUGGCCAAGUUGGCCCGCCGCAUGAUCCAAGGAGCACAGUCCGGCCUGGCCAGUAUUUUUCCCGGUUCAUGUACAGAGUAAAGGUUGGAGAGAGUCUGUUUGCGGAGGCCUCGGCUCCAAGCAAAAAGGCAGCGCGCCAGCUGGCAGCUGAGGAGGCCGUCAAAGAAUUGAUGGCCGACGGUAGGCUGCAGCUCAACAAGCCCCAGUUGCCCCUCGGCUCUUCCAGCGACAGUGAUAGCUGUGGGACUUGCCCCUCUCUGCCACCUCUGACAGCCGAUGAAUUGCGAGCCGCCCACGAAGCCGGAGUCGGAGAUCUCAUCAACCACCUGAAUAACAACGCCGUGUCGGGGCUUCUGGAGUACGCCAGGGCCAGAGGAUUUGCUGCUGAGAUCCGCCUGGUUGGCCAGUCGGGGUCAGCGCACGAGCCCAAGUUCACAUAUCAGGCCAAGCUGGGUGGACGCUGGUUCCCGCCAGUUUGCGCCUCGAACAAGAAGCAGGGCAAACAGGAGGCAGCCGACGCUGCUCUUCGCGUUCUGAUUGGAGAGGCAGAAAGGGCAGCCCGCACUGGGGAGCUGAUCCCCGCUGAGCUUCCCGUGAGUGGCAGCACGUUGCACGACCAGAUCGCCAUGUUAAGCCACCAGCGCUUCAACGCCCUGACCACGCGCAUCCAACACAGUCUGCUGGGACGCAAGAUUCUGGCCACCAUCGUCAUGAGGAGGGGCGAAGGCCUGGGAACUGUUGUCAGCCUGGGAACGGGCAACCGUUGCGUUAAAGGGGAGGAGCUGAGCCUCAAAGGAGACACUGUGAAUGACGGCCAUGCUGAAAUCAUCUCCAGAAGGGGGUUUGUUAGAUUUCUGUACAGUGAGUUGCUGAAGCACUUUGAGGGUACAGACAACAGUAUAUUUGAGGUCGCGCAGGACAAGAAACUGCAGAUCAAAUCUGACAUCACCUUUCACCUCUACAUUAGCACGGCGCCAUGCGGGGAUGGCGCUCUGUUCGACAAGUCGUGCAGUGAAACAGGAGAAGAGGUGGGCUGUCACCAGCCUCUGUUUGAGAAUGCCAAGCAGGGCAAGUUGCGCACCAAAGUGGAGAACGGUGAGGGGACCAUCCCGGUUGAGUCUAGCGCUAUUGUGCCCACCUGGGAUGGCAUUCAGCAUGGGGAGAGGCUGCGCACCAUGAGCUGCAGUGAUAAGAUCCUGCGCUGGAACGUACUGGGCCUACAGGGGGCGCUGCUCACUCACUUUCUGAAUCCCAUCUACCUGAAGUCAAUCACACUUGGCUACUUGUACAGCCACGGUCACCUGACUCGGGCAGUGUGCUGUCGGCUGGGCAGAGAUGGCGACGGAUUCAGCCAAAGUCUCCCGGCUCCCUUCCAGCUCAACCACCCUGAGGUGGGCCGAGUCAGCGUGUACGACUCCACACGUCACACAGGCAAAACCAAGGAGUCUAGCGUGAACUGGAGCCUUCCAGACCACACGAGUGUGGAGGUUCUGGAUGGGACCAAAGGCAAACUCGAUGGGAACAAGUUGGGCGUGUCCCGUGUGUCCAAAUCCAACCUGUUCUGUCUGUUCCGCACACUGUGCCAGCGCUGCGACCGCAACGACCUCCUCGCCAUGCACUCGUACAUUCAGGCCAAGCUGGCGGCCAACUCCUUCCAGCUGGCCAAGUACCGCUUCUUCCAAGCGCUUGGCGACCACGGCUACGGCGCGUGGAUCGGCAAACCGCUGGAGGAGAAGAGCUUCGAGGCGGGGGAGGAGUCGCCCAGCGUGCCCGCCGCGUUCAGCGGCGCUCGGAACAGCGGAGCGAUGGAAUACAACCAGGCGGAGGCGUAGCUCGAGGUGCUCAUGGUACUCGGCUGCCAGGCUGCUCGAGAAGGGAGGGAGACAAGAAAAGGACAAUCAAACCAUAGCCACUGGCCGCCCAUGUGUCAUCUGAUGCUAACGUGGCUACGGGCUAACGACAGACUGAUGGCAAAGGAUGGGCAGAAGAGGAGCUAGAUGAGAAGCCUGAAGCAGGAACGCGCUUGAAAAUGGCAAUAGAAAGAGCAAGAACGGAGGAGCAAAAUAAAGCUGCUAUGUAUGACAGGUUAUGUUAGCGCUGACAUGCGCCAUUUUGUAGAGUCGCAUGCAGUCCAUGCUCGUGACUUCCUUUAGUCUUUAAAAGAUCUCUCAUGAUGACCAACGGUGAAGCUGAAAGAAGACCAAGCAGCAGCGAGAUUUACUUUGCUUUUCUUUGAGUGGACUAAAGGCGCCUCUAGCGAUUUAAACCAGCUAUGAUAAAAACACAUCCAUCCGUGCGUGGUCGCCGUGGUUACCGCUAGCAUACCAGAGUUUUGUGCACCUCUUUGAUCAGUCCUAUGCUUUUAUAUAUACACACAAGAAAGAAGAUGUCACGGCCUCCAGGCUGCACACGAGCUCUUUUCGUCAGGAUGUUCUUCUGUGAGGUUCCCACCACCACGUUUCUUUUACCUUGUCCAGCGUGCAUAUUUUUUUUACAUUGAAAAGCACCUCGACCCUGACCGUAUUUGUCAUCUACUGAUCCUUUUUUUUUUUAAAUUUUGGCGAUGCAAUAUGCAAAAGA